AUGCAUUGGAAAGCGUCGGCAGACACGCACAUUGAGCAUUCCAGACCACGCUUGCUGACGCAUACCUUGUCGGAGCACCGGCAAGGCAGCAACUGGAGCUUGCUGACACUGUGUGAAGACGGUGAUCUUGGAAAUGCUGCUGACGACGUUUCGGAAGUGCUCAGCGACAUUGACACCAGCCCGACCGAUGAGGAAAGCCUGCAUCAGAUCAGCUGCCUGCGGUCAUUUUGGAAAUCCCAGACCGACUGUGGAGAACUUUCUUGGGAUCAGGUGGUUCAGCAAGAGCGAGGACUCAUCAACCGCAAGCGUCGGCAAAGCCACCGACGUCACGGUGGAGCACCUUUUGCGCUGGCUUUCUCGGGAGGAGGCGUGCGAGCUGCAGCCUUCCAAGCUGGGGUGCUGUGGCGUUUGGCGGAGGCAGGGCGCUGGGAGUCGGUCGAUCAUUUGGUAGCGGUCUCGGGCGGCGCUUACAUCGCCUCGGCCUUUGCGUCCACCGUGCUCAAUGCCACAGCCAAACCGGGCGCCAGUAGCAGCGACGAGGAGGGCGAGCCCGUCACAGCGGGUGUGCGUGACUUGCAUCUCCGCUGUGCGGCCAAGACCAUUUGCAGAAUGCAGCGCAAUGUGAGCUACCUCAUACGAGACUUAAGACCUGGUCAUUUCUGGGACAUUGCCACCGACGGAUCCAGUGCACUUCCACCCAUCCUGGAUGUACUGGUUCUGCUCAUCAUGGUGGCCUCGUCAAUGGUCAUCAACCCUUUGACUGUUUUAAGCUUGUAUGUUCUACCUUUUGCUGAAGGUGUCGACCUCUUUGAUGGUGCAAGUAUGCGCGCCGCCUAUUGUGUUCCAGAGACUCAGCGGACGGACUCCAAGGACUUGAGCGUGGUGAUCUUCAGCAACUGGGGUCCACUUCAGACAUCGGUGCUCACCUUGUGCGUCAGUGUCAUGACGGCCUUCCUUCUUUGGUGCAUCUCCUUAGCUCCGCCUUUGCGAGUCCAUGAGGGCUGGCCAGUUCCGCGCGUGGCGCAGACCAUGUUGAGCUUACGGGCGGUAGUCUCCAGGGCGAGCAUCGUGCAGCUGAUCAUUAUUUGCAUUGUGACAGGUGCCUUCAUCGCCCAGCUCAAUGGAAAUCCGGACCGGGCCCAGCAAUGCGACGCCUAUAUUCGAAGCUCGGAGAUUGAACGACGUACGAGGUGA